UGCAAAAACUCAUAGAAAGGAUGGAUCUUACAAGGAAUAUAAUAACAUGAUGAAACUUGGACGUGUAAAUAAUAACCUGAUACAACGUUGCACGGAAUAAACCAUAGAUGAGGAAAAGAUAAGGACAAUAAUUUCCGUUCAAAAUAUGAGGAAGUUUUUUGUUAGUAAUAAAUAUUAUUAAAGUAUAUUUUCGAAAAAUGGUGAACAUAAAAGCCCCACCGCUUUUGUUGAGUAUAGAAUAUUUGUUUAUUUUGCGACUAACGAAUAAUGCGCAGUUGAAGGAUAUAUGGAAAAUUGAUCACGAACAAUUUACCGUGUGAAUAAUUGGUGGCACUGGAAGCUGAAAUAUUCCAUGUACGUUUAACUUAUGUGAAAAGAUUUAAGACACAGACAAUGGAAACAUUGUCAUAUCGAGAGGAAAGAGUACGACCAAAGAGCGAAGAUAAUAGGAGCAUUAUAACGGAAAAGCAGACAAUCAAUGAACAUAUUCCAACAAAAGAACUCGAAGCGGUUCGAAGUGAAUUAAUAAAGAUUUGGACAUUUGUAAAUGACAUAUGCGAUACUGAAACGGCAUUUAUUACAAUUAAUAAAGAGAAACUGAAAACGUGUAUGAGUAGUUUGCUUCAGAAUGCAUCAACACUGGACAAGGCGAUUGAAACGUUAACAAAAAACUCAUUUGAAAUAUGUAGCCCAACCUUGAGACAUCCUUUAAACACAGGUAAGGACUUGAAAACGUGGAAGGAAAUAAUCAUUCAGGAUGCUUCGCGAAUUGACCAAGCUCUUGGGCUUUUAAAGAGCCCCGUAUCUGGAGGUUGCAGCACAAGGUUAAGAAAAAACCCGAGAACAGAAGUUGUUGUCGUUCAAAAAUUAGCCAUUGACUACGACGUAUACCACUACACGCGAGAACGCAUAAACCCAAUUAUUCAGCAAAUCCUUGGAGAGACAAAACCUUCUGCUUUAUGCUCCAAUCAAAUAUUGCUGAUCACUGCUGCGUAUGAUAAAGAACUGGUCAAUACCUUCGAUUCAGCACAGAAAUGCACGAAGGAAAUUGAAGCCUUAGAGAACGUACAAGUUGGAUCAGAACAGGUUGUGGUUCUAAUUGGAAAUGAUCAGGAAAAUAAACUGAUGAGUUGUAAAUCAAUCCUUGCAAAGUCACCAGAAGCAUCCGUUUGCUUACUGACACAUGCCGUACGGAAAUCAAACAUUGGGCUGACCAAUGAAAUUAUAGAAGUCACAGAAUACGGAAUUGAACUGCAUGCUGGUUGUGAUCUAUGGCCAGAUCAAAUUCCUAGAUUGGUUGAUGACUUGCUGGAAUAUUACGCAUUUGAACAACUUGCGAAGGUAGCGGAAGAUUUUAUCAAAGCUGAUAAAGCAUCGACAAAGGUCAUCGGAGAAAUGCAAGCCCUUUACAAGAAGUCCCAAGUUUCAAUGCCAAAGUGGUUGCAACCAAUGAGUCAGGAUGUAUCCGAGAUUGAAAAGAAAGUGUCUGCCUUGCCGCACAUUCUGCAAUUUGACUUCUCGAAGGAACCGUUGAAGAUUAAGAUGCUUAGUGAAAACGAAUCAAAACAGAAUGACGUAGUUCAAGGCCUGGAGCAGAUAGGACUAUCGGAGGGACAGUAUACAAUUGAGCUGGUAGACAUCAAACCACUAGGACCAGACAACUUCAAGAGCGGUGACGGUAUUAAGGUUCGCGGAUCAACUCGGAAAGGGACACUUGGAGCUUUUGCAAAGUUUGAAACGAAGAAAACAAAUGAGUCGAGUAUGGUUGCAGUAACCUCUAAACACAUCCUGCAUGUUCCCGAUUCUGAAAGGAAUGAAAUUAUAGUCAACAAUGAAAAGGUGGGUAAUUUGAUGGAAGUCACAGAAGAAGCUCAAGCUUUCCAUGAUAUGGCCAUAGCGCAUGUAACCGCGUCCAGCACAAAAUGCGACACAUUAUUUCGCACCAGGAAUGGCCGACGCGUUACUGCUGAAAUAUGCAAAUCAAGCCAAAAAGAACUUCAACACGAAUUAGUACAUCUAUGGAGCCAGCGUUCAUCACCAGCAAUCGCAAAGAUAUCAAGCUCAAACACAGGAAUGUCGUAUGAAGAUGACUAUUUUUUCAUUGAAACGGAAAGCACGGACGAAUUCACGCACCCUUUGCCAGGUGAUAGUGGUGCAAUGGUAUUGAUAGAAAGACAUCCGCGCCAAUCCAAACAUAUGUAUGCAAUUGGUACGUUAGUUGGUGAAAUCUUGCCAAGAAAGAAGACAGACGAAUCAACCGAUUCAGGAAAAGAGGAACAUCCGACAAACGAACAGCAAUUGAUCCCACGAAAAGAAUUUCUUGUUACGUCACUGAAAAAGGGCUUUGAUCAUCUUUCAAACCAACACGAUGGCAGUCUGACGCUUUUUUCGGAACCAGAGUUUGAUUAAGAAGAUCUCUGAAAUAUUUAUUGAAAAUCCAGAUAAUUCAGCGAGCAUUGGCUCUUAAUUUCACUUCGAUAACAUGACACCUACUUUUAAUACUGGCCGAAUGAUUUUCCAAAAAUCGUUAUACAUUAAAUUAAAAUCAUUUACCAAAAAGUAAUGCUUAAAGAGGCUUCUCAUUGUAACAUACUAGUAGUUUAUAUAAACGCAUAUUAUCGUAUAUAGGUUUGUUUUCGUGCAUGUAGAUAAUAUAAUUCAAAUAUUUGGUAUGUGUGUGGCGUUGAUUUGAAUCUCAGCAAUAAUGCGUGGUAUAUUUUGGAGGAUUUUCUUCUUCACCUUUUUAUCAUUUUUAUUUGCUUUACCUGAUAUGUUCCUGAGAUUUGGAUUGACAUUGGAGUCGUACGUUCAUGAUAGAUUGUCUUUUUUACAUUGACAUUCGAGCUGUAGUAUAUUUUCAUAAAAUAGGAACUGAGAAAAUGUUUUGAUGAACAGGAACUCACCUCGGAUUAAAUCUAAAAAUAGGCAAGGCAAUUUUAUAUAAAGAACAACAACCGUUGGUAACGCCUAAAAGGCGAAGUUUCUAAACUUAUUGUAUCGAUAUCAUAUUGUUGUUUGAAAAUGCGUCAGCCUGUGUAGAUAUCAUGCAUCAUCGUUACAUAGCAACUAAUCAGUUUUAACUGUCCUCACCCAUUAUUGUUUAUUUAUUUUUGUUUAUUUAUCUUAAAUAACUGUGAGAAUGCAUUGAAUAUGUGAGAAAAUCAAUAUUAGUAUAGCUGGCUCUCCGAUUUAUUUAUAUUUUCCGAAGACAAAGACGAUACAACCAAUCAAAGUAUAAAUCAUUGUUGCAGGAAUAUGUGUUGCCUGAAUAUGGAGAAGCAUAAUGUGUUAAAUUGUAUGAAUAGUCGUAUCGCAUUGGGACAUAUUCAAUGGUAAGUAAGACAAGUUAAAAUUUAGUCCUAUGAAGUCCAUUUUUUCAGCAAUCAGUUGUUAAUCCCAUGCAUACCGUAUGUAGCAAGUACAUGUUGUAUAGUGUCUGUAAUCUCUAACUCAACUUUAACUAAUAACAGGACAAAUAUGAUAUUAAGUGGUACAUUAAAUUUAUGAGAUAUCAUUUCUAAAAUACACAAUAUUUAUUUUUUUAAUAUAACAAGCUGUUUUAUUGUUGAAAGCUUCGUUUAAUUUACGCGGUUGAAUUUUAAGUCGGGCAAUGCCUACUAGCUACAAUAUUAAUUAUCCACACUAAUGUACAAGAUUAAUGAUGUUUUUUUUUCUCAUUUAUUUUUCAAAUAGAGUAUAUAUUAACAGUUUUGAAUGCUCAAUAUACACACCAAUCAUAUGCAUUUUGAUAGGAUAUUCAUGUAUUUAAAACACAAUAACGCUCACACACAUACUACUACAUUUGCACACCGAAGCGCAAGCAACACAAACAAACACCUAUUAAUAACAAAAGCACGUAUGUAUACAUACUCGCACUCAUACACAUGCAAUAACACGGUCGUAUGAUGUUUAUACGAUCGAUGUACCCUCUACUUGCUCAUGUGUUCAAAAAGAAGAGUUAAGAUAUUUAAAUGUUUAUAUAUUAUUUAAGUCUUACGAUUCGUUUUGUUUUUAUAGGGCUUAUUGUGUAUUGUUGUAAGUUCAAGUAUUUCCCAUUUAUAUUGUUGAUUUCAAACUGAUCGUUGUUCAACGCUAUAUGUUCGUUUUUAAUCCUUUAUUUCAAAUACAUCAAAUAUAUAUCAAAGGAUAGUGUUCUAUAACUAUACUACUGAGGGUUUUAAGUGUAAUAUUGGGACAAGGCAGGGAGAUUUAUAUUCUCCAAUUUUAUUUAAUCUUUUUAUCAAUGAUCUAUGUCAAUAUCUUAAAGAUAGUUGUAACCAGGGUGUUUUUAUCACGGACAAUAUUCCUGAUAUACACUGUUUACUGUACGCAGAUGAUGUGGCAAAUUGUGCUGAUACUGCCAUAAACCUUCAACGACAAUUAAACGCUAUCUCCAAAUUUUGUAAUGAAUAUGGGAUGCAGAUUAAUCUGAAAAAAACUGAAAUUAUUGUAUUUAGAAACGGAGGCCCAUUACGCCAGUAUGAAAAUUGGACACUUAAUGGUAACAUCGUCAGAAUUACAUCGAUGUACAAAUAUAUGGGUUUAUUGUUUACUCCAACAUUAUCUUGGUCUGCAGCGAAAUCCAAAUUAGCAGCUCAGGCAAGGAAAGCCAUUUUUUCAAUUAAAAACUAUCAGUUGUCAUUUGGUACGUUUAAUCAUAAUGAAUUUUUUAAACUUUUUGAUACAAUGGUCUCCCCGAUACUGACAUUUGGCUCAGAAAUUUGGGGAUUCAAGGAAUGUAAUGAGAUUGAAAAAGUACAGCUUUUCUUUUGUAAAUAUUUUCUCGGAGUUAAGAGUUCUGUAAAUAAUUGUGUGGCUUUAGGUGAAUGUGGUAGAUUACCAAUGUUCACUAUUUAUGUCUCGAAAUGUGUAAAAUAUUGGUGCAAAGUAUUACAAAUGCCUGAAAAUAGAUUCCCUAGAAAUUCAUAUAUUAUGAUAAAAAAUCUGGAUAGUUUAGGUAGGCGUACUUGGGCAACUUAUAUAAAAGAAAUAUUGUUUACAUAUGGCUUUGGGUAUGCUUGGAUUGCCCAAGAUGUGGGAGAUAUAAAUAUAUUUAUGUGUCAUUUUAAAAUAAGAAUUGCUGAUUGUUGUAGACAAACAUGGCUUGGUGAUGUAAAUAAUUCCUCACGUUGUGAUACUUAUAAAUGCUUUAAGUCUUUAUUGAAUGUUGAAAGAUACCUUAAUAUCAGUUUACCGUUUCCUGUACGAAAAUCAUUGGCAAGAUUUAAAACAUCUAGUCAUAAACUUCAUAUUGAAAUUGGUCGAUUUUUUUGUAUUGAUAGAAAUGAUCGCUUUUGUACUUAUUGUUUAUUGGAUAAAGACAUACUUGUUAUUGAAGAUGAAUACCAUGUGUUUUUUAAGUGUUCAAGAUUUAAUGACAUCCGGGAAAAUUAUUUGUUCUCUUGGUAUCGUGGAAAUACUGACAUUUUUCAUUUCUAUAAUAUGAUGACAUCGGAAAAUGUUACCCAUAUUAAAUCCAUUGCUCUUUACAUUCAUAAACUCAUGUUAGCUAUAGAUAACACUUAACUUGUUAACCAAGAGACACAACUCUUAUUUAGUACAUAUAUGCAUUUUGUUAUAUUUGAUUUGCAUUGUAACAUGUAUUAUGGGCUGGAGGCCUUUCAUUGAAAUAAACUUUCGUUCGUUACUUGAUUGAAUGUAUGUAAACUAUAAUGAAAUGAUAGAAAAGCUGAUGUUGUUGUUGUAUUUAGGUUUUUCACAUUUCCUAAAAAGGCUUAUCGGUUACCUAUAUUUGCAUUAAUAUUUGUUGAAGUUAUGAAAAUGUUUAUUUUGUUUUCAUUGUUGUGUUUCAUAACACUCCCUGUAUAUCUACAUUAACACUUCAUUACUUAACGAUGGUUGUUGCUUAUCAAUUUAACAUUAUUUCUGUAGAAAAUUCAAUGGCAUUUCACAUCGAUAUCGCGUGUGGGCGCAAUAAUACUGAUGGGCGGGGCAUAUUUACUACGGAACUAUUUUUUUCAAUGAAAUCGUAGUAAAAUUAUUGGCAACAUGCAAUCUGUUAAAGCUGUUAAAACAGAAUAAGCAACAAUGAUUAGAUUGAUUUUAAUGUAGAUGAUUUUAUGAUGGAUGGAACAGUUGAAGAAACAUUUAAAUUACAAUGAUGACGACUUAUUUCGGAAUUUGAAAUUGACAUUUCCAAGAAAGAGCUCAGUUCAACACUUAGUCUUUUCGCGUCCACUGGCUUUCAUUUCGCGUAAGUGCACGUUAACCCACCCACAGCCACAGAGACGCCUCAUCCUCAUUGAAUGUUUACUUCCACAAAAAAUGACAAUGCACUUGUUGAUGUGUCAAACACCGUAUUCCAAUAUAAUUCAUACACCAACUGAUUCUUAAAAAUAACACUCAACAAGUAAAUUGACAGGAACUUCUCUCCAAUUUGAAAACUCGAUCGUGACUUAACAAACGCUAGUAUCGGGUAUUAUUGCGAGAUAUAAUGAGAACUUUGUAGGUGGCAAUAUUUUUGUUGUUUUCUUGUUAUUGUUAAUUUUUCAUAACACAUGUUGUAUUUUUCUAGUUGUAAUGCUGUUAUAUACGUAUCUAUAAUAUACUAUAUAGAAAAUAAACAUAUAAAUAAGGAACUAUUUUAUCUGCACAUUCAUUGUUGUAUAAAAUCAGGUUACGAUAGCUGUUCUAAUUUACCCACUGUUGCGAACAACGAGAGAAAGAAAAAAGAGAAAAUGCUCUUAGUAAUCUACUAGUAAUUAUUUUAGCAGAAAUGUAGAUUUAAAUAAAUGUAAAUAUAAGUAUUAAAAAUCGACAUGUUGCUUUUUAUUUGGGUAUGGUCCUCUCCUUUUGAACAGCCCCUUUGCAUACCAUACCCCAAUAUAAUGCAACAUGUCGAAUUUAAAUCUUUAAAUAAAUGUUCAAUAUAUUCAUUACCUCAAUCACAGAAUGUACAUAGUUUACACUCGACGAGGUUAAACUUAAAAAAGUAACUUUGUAGUAAAUGCUACGUAAUGUAGUAACAAUUAUACACGCACUCAUACACAAGCAUACACACACACUCGCAUAAUUUUAUUACGAUCAAUGUCCCCUAUACUAGGUCAUGUAUAUAAAAAGUUCAAAUAUAUUAAUGUUUGUAUACGAUUGUUCUUUUCUUUUUUUAUAUGGAAAGUUGUGUAUUGUAUUGUUAAGUUAUGUUGUAAGUUCAAGUGUUUCCCAUUUUUAAUGUUGGUUUCAAAAUCGUUGUUUAACGCUAUAUGUUCUUCAAUUUUAAUCCAGAAUUUCAAAUCCAUCAAAUAUGAAUCACAACCUAGUUUGCAAUAACUUUACUUGAUUGAAUGUAUGUAAAAUUUAGUUAAAUGAUAGGAAAGUGUUUGUCUUUAUAUUUUGUUCUGGCUUUUCAUCCCAGACUAAUUUGAAAAUAUCCUUUUUAACAGUUUCAAUAACGGGUUUGCUUGGAUUCACCAACACUGUAAAUGGGUAUACUACCUUUGGUAGCGCAUACGUUUUUACAACUGUUUGUUUACCUAUCAAAGUUAGUUCACUAUGUUUUCCAUUUGGUUAAUGUCUGAUGUAGUUCGUUUAGCUUUUUGUUGGUAUUCUGUUGAUUGUUUGAUGUUUAUUAUUGUACAAUGUGAUUUUUAUUUCAUGUCUAAAGCUAUGAUUCUACCUUCUAUAUUUUUUAUGGCUAUAUUAGCUUUUGGAUUUAUAAGAAUUGAAACUUCCUUACUGUUUGUACUAUUUCCACUGAUAAAACAAGAUCCAUUCCAAAUUUGUUUCGAUUAAUGAUUAAGAUUGAUCUUGCAAAUAAUAAAAGAGACCAUGACAAUUCAUAUAAGAAAAAUAUACAGUACAACUUAUGUAAUUUAUUAUGCACAUAUUCCUAUAAACAUUGCAUGACAUCUUAAUAAUGUAGAAAACCUAAGAAUAUGCUCCCGUUGUGACAAAACAUAUCAUUGGAGAUAACUAUCAUAACCAUUUACCAUAUUCGGCCUGAGACCACAGUAAUUUUUACUAUAUGUUUCAUAUAGACACUUACCUGGCUGUUCACUUUAAAACAAUCCCAAUUGAAGAACAAGCCACUGGCUGCUGUAGAACAAUCCAAUACACAACAUUUAAUCACAAGAAAACAUAGGGUUGACCAAUGCGUUGUCUCACAAAAUUGAGUAGUUAUACAUGACCCUGAGGUCAAGACGUAAUAAGGCUUCAAACAAUCAAUUCACAUUGUUCCACAGGCAACGAUGUUUCCAUUUUUUACACUGACAACUAUCAAUUUUGCGAUACAGUGUCAAAUUAUGUUAAGCUCUAUGCAAUAAAUCCACCUGUUUCAUCUCUUUCAUUCAACUUUAUUAAACUAUUGAUACUUGAGCACAAGCACUCUUUUUUCUGUAUUCACAUCCGGAUCUAUGGUUAACGGGGGCAGAUAACUGUGGUCUUGAGCCAUCACAGAAACAAAAUCAUAUGCCAUAAUUAAGUGCUUAAAGGAUUGACACUAACGGGAGUUAACUGCCGAUGCAUUAAAAGACAACAGUGUAUCAGAUUGUCUUUUUUUAACAAUAACUUUGAACUCGUAACAUGGAGCAUCAUGUAUUUGUUUAUGUUUUAGUUAUACAAACAUAUCAUGUAUACAUCUGUAACAUCCUAAUAAACUGUGUGACUUGAUACGUUACAAAAUAGCG